GGUACGAAAACCGAAAUUGAAGAAGCAGAGAAUAUCAUUGUGGAAGAAUCCAACAACUUUGUGGAAACGUAUUCUGCGCCAGAAAUAAGCAACAUUGAGGUGCAAGACGAAGAAGCGCCGCGCGAAAAGGUGCGGUUAUAUACCAAGGACGAGUUAGAUGCGGCCGUCAAGAGAGAAACGGAAGCUCUUCGUAAACAGGCGCUGUUCUGUAGCAAAGAGGAGUUUGCUGCAGCAGUCAAAAAGGAGACAGAAACUCUACGUCAACAGAUGGAAGAGGAGGCUACAAUUCGUGAAAUGGAGAGCAAAGAAUUAACGGAAAGAAAUGAACAGUUAAGAAGAGAGACAGGGGAAUUAAGAGUUGUGAUGCAAGAAUACGAGAAGACCAUCGCUGACAUGAUCGAAAAAAAUCAGAAGUCACAGGACCAAUUCAAUCACUCAAGUUCAGAAGUAGCGAAAGAAAGAGACCAGCUUCAAUCUGAUUUGACAGCGGUAGAGACGGCCUUUUCAGACCUGCACCGGAGAUACGAGAAACUCAAGGGAGUCGUGGAAAAUUUUAAAAAGAAUGAAGAAAUUCUAAAAAAGGCAACCAGUGAUUACCAAGAAAAACUAAAAAGAUCUGAAGAAAAAUAUCGCAUGCUAAAGAAACAUGCUGAGGAAAAAAUUGAAAGUGCCAAUAUCGAAAUUGCUCGAGUACGAAAAUCCAAUGAGUCAGAGAUAGCAGUAAUGAAAGCGGCACUUAAGAAAGAACAAACUAAAUCAGCUAGCUUAGAAAUGAGUCUUCAGCAAAAGAUAUCCGAAAACGCAGAACUGACGUCGAUAUGCGAUGAACUUAUAAACAAAAUGGGAGGACAGCGAUAAUAACAACAGAAGCGAUUUUAUGGCCCUUCCUUUAAAUUCUCAACGGUUCUUCUCUUUUCUUGUGCAUCAAGUUGUGAAGAUGUUGUAUAUUUAACGUAAGUUUUGUGGAGUAAGUCCAAGGCAGUCCAAGGGUGAGAACGCAGCGAAUCAUCAACUCAAUUUUCCAUUAGUUAACGGUGGAUGUUAACACAAAUGUAGUACUCCUUCCUUCUGCGGCUGUCAAAGAUGGUAGAAAUAUUUAUAAACCGUCCAGAACUCCUGUCGACUCUGACAAAUUCUUCGGCGUCUGUACAGUUCUAAUUUAAGUUCACGUAACCUUCUUUUGUAAUGGUUACUUCCGCUUUGAGACUGCCAGUUGUAUCAUCGUUGGAAUGUAAGCUUAUUGUAAUUUUCUCAGUUUUGUGUCUUUUCGGUUCCAUCCCUUUUGAACCGCUGCAACUCAGCUGGGGUAAAGCAAUUUUUCUUCGAUGAGAAGAAAAAGAAAUGAGAACCAAUUUAAUUAAAACCUUACGUUGUUCUAGUAGAACAAAACAUAAACAAUACGAUACAAGAAUCAAUGCGUUGCGAGGAAUGAAAGCGGCGCCCAUCGCGCGCAAAAUUGUGGCAAUACCAUUGUAUAUCACUCUGUCUUACCGGGCGAGACUUAAGACUCAUUACUAGCUGAUUUGAUGUGACUUUGAUGUCUUUUUCAGUUGCUGAAUUUUAUCAUUUGUAUUAGAACCAUGAAAUUGGCCUUCAUGUCCUGACCAGCGAAUGAUUUCAAAAGGAUAUUAUCGAAUGAUAAUCUUUGUUUUCGGGCUUUGGUUACUGGAUCCAGGAUGAAGUGCUGUGGUACUUGUUUGUUGGUUGGUUUUUCCCUUUUCUUUUCUUGUUUUUCUCCUUUUCUUACUGUACAGCUAAAACUGAAGUACCACUAAAUCAUGUACAAAAUGAUUAGCCAAGGAAGUUUUAUAGCUCAAAUAUUCCAUCGCUGUCUUUGUUUGGCAAACCUCCCCGGAAAACUUGAAAGUUGAAAAAGUUGUCCCAAUCUUAACAAGGAUAGAUAGAUGGUAAUAAAUGAGGUUUAUCCAAAGGAUAUCUUUGAAUUGCGGGGUAAGAAACUAGGAAAAAUACUGAAAGGCAGCAAGAAGUCGAAUGACUCCGCCCUUGGAUUCAUGUGAAAUAGUAGACCAGUGUGUUUGUAUUUUUCUAAGCUUUUUACUAAUAAACAGAGGUGGAUUGAAUUGUG